AUCAAGGAGCAAGGGUAUGACUUCAAGCGCACGACGGCCGGUGGUCCCACCACUGUCAUGUUUGCGAGCUCGGUCUCGAUGCGCGCUCGCAUGCUGGACAUCUGCACCGAGCAAUUUCUGAGAAGAAAUCCCGGCCCGGCUACCGUCUUGCAUUUGGCGUGCGGCAUGGACUCGCGUAGUAUGCGCGUCAAGUGGCAGGGCGAGGGCCGCUUAUGGAUCGACGCCGACAGGCAGGACGUGAUUGAGCUUCGAGAGCAGGUUAUGAAGGAGCCGGAUAGGGGCAAGGGGGAGUAUCGCUUGCUCUACCCGAAUAUCCACGAUGACGCUUGGCUCAGCAACUGUAAAAUCCCCACGGAUCGACCGGUGCUGAUCCUUUUCGAGGGUCUCACGCCUUACCUCACCCCCGACGAGGUCUAUGGCCUCCUGCGACGGAUCGUGAACUACUUUCGGCAGCGCGGAGUCUAUGGCGAGAUUCGAUUCGACGCCGUUGGAUCGCUCACGUACUACACUGCCAGCUUCUUUCUCAACUCCACCUUCAAGCUCAUGGGAACGCGCUUCAACUACUAUCUCGACGACCCGAGGACGUUGGAGCAGAAGGUCCCCGGCCUGAAGUUCAAAGAGCGCAUUUUUGGUACGCCAGAUCUCUUGGUGUUUGGAUUCUUAGGCUGGGUUGUUGGCUUCUUAGGAUGGGUUGCCGAUCUGUUUGGGCUCACAGGUCGUAUUGGGGGAGGUUACGGAUAUGAGUUUUGAGGACUUCAAUGGCCAUCAUAUGAUCUGUGUUCAGAUUCAGGCUCAGCUGUAUAGUCAC